UCUGGAGCAGGAGGCGGGUCCGGCGCAGGAAGGAAUGCGCUGGAAGUUUUCCUUUACUUUCCUAAUGCUGAAGUGUCCCGCGCGUGAAUAUGGACACCUGGUUGGUAGUAUUUUUGCUGGUGGCUGUCCAGCGCUACACCUCAGCGUACGAAGGGUCAGGAUACUAUCCGUAUGCUGACGAUGAGGACUCCUACUCUGGUAGAUACAGAGGGACCCCCUGGUGCGCCCCCAUCAAGGUGAAGCAUGGCGACGUGAGCUGCCGAGCCCCCCGCGGGGAGCACUACAGGAACGUGAUGGGGACGCGCUGUAAGAUCCGCUGCAGGAGGGGCUACGAGAUGCAGGGCCACAACGAGGUGGUGUGCAUGGCCAGCAAACACUGGUCUGCCAAUUACGCCUGCAGGGAGGUCCGGUGCCCCAAGCUGAACAUGCCCGCUAACGGAGGCUACAAGUGCUCCGACGGCUCCUACUUCAACUCCCGCUGUGAGUUCUUCUGUUCCCCCGGAUACACUCUGAAGGGCCAGAAGACUGUGACCUGCCAGCACAACAAGAUCUGGACUGCAGGAGAGAGCACCUGUGUGGAUGUCGACGCUCCGGUGAUCAAGUGUCCGACUCUAAAGGAUAAGUGGGCGGAGCCAGGGAAGCUGACCGCCAGAGUGACGUGGGACACGCCGGAGGGCAAAGACACGGCCGACGGCAUCCUCACAGAUGUGGAGCUGAAAGGGAAGCCUCCCAGCACACACUUCCCAGAGGGGUUCCACAAGAUGUCUUACACCGUAUACGACCGCACCGGGAACAAAGCCUCCUGUCGCUUCUCCGUCAGAGUCAGAGUUCGUCGCUGCGGCCCUUUGACCCCACCAGAGAACAUCUACAUGAAAUGUGACAGCGACGGGGACAACUAUGGAGCCACCUGUGAGUUCAAGUGCACCGGCGGAUACGAACUCCAGGGCAGCGCUGCACGGGUCUGCCAGUCCGGACUCACCUGGUCGGGCACUGAAACCAGCUGUGCACCUAUGAACGUCAAUGUGGGUGUGCGUUCCGCCGCGGCCCUGCUGGACCAGUUCUACGAGAAACGACGUCUGCUCAUCAUCUCCGCCCCCACAGCUGCCAAUCACUACUACCGCUUCCAGAUGACCAACCUGCAGCAUGCACAGUGCGGGCUGGACCUCCGGCAUCUGACGGUAAUUGAACUUGUGGGGAUCUACCCAGCACAGAUUGGACGUAUGCGACACAGGCUUAUCCCUCCAGGGCUGGCCCUGCAACUCAGGUUGCAGCUCCAGAUUCCCCACAGUACCUUCACCUUGGUACUGAUAGACAAGCAGGGGACAGACAGGCAUCGCUACACAUACCCCAUCACCUCGGCCGAGAUCUUCACCACGGUGGAUACCUUCCCGCUCCGCAAGGAAGAGAUGCUGCAGCAACAGGAGGCGGGGCAUACCUGCCAGUGACCACACCCACCAUCACCAACCCUAACCUGCCAGUGACCACACCCACCAACCUUAACCUAAAUCGCCCAUCACUGUGUACCCUCUCCACCCAUCCAACACCAUGAUAACUUCAUAAUAACCACCUCCUUAAGCCUAGACUACCUGUCCAGGACCACCUCACAAUGCAGACCACCCCCACACACACGCUCACACACACUCACAAACACACACACUCACAUCUCAUUUUCAUGGACAGCAUCCUGACGUCCUCAGAAGAAUGGGUUGCUCAGUGCAGUCAUAUUGAUUCUUGUUUGUAUCAGUGUGUGUAUGUCUGUUAUGCAUUUUUCUAUCAAUUUUUUUUUACUCUUCAUUGUCUUUGCUUUAGUUACGAAACUGGAUAAAUCCUUCAGCUGUUUUUAUAUUUAUGUUAUAAAUUCUUAUAGCAGUGUUUCCAGACAUGCUUGAAAAUA